AUGGGGUUUGACGAGGUUUUACAGCUCGAUGUCGAUCGGCUGCUGAAGGAACGCAAACAAGAGGCAAAAGACGACGAGAGCGGACAGCAGCCGGACGCUGUCUCGAAACCUGCUCUGCCAGAGCCUUUCACAGAAAUCGAGGUGACAGUGUCAGAAUUGUCUUCGGCGGGGGAUGGUCUGGCCGUUUCCGAGAAUGGAGAUCACGUCUACGUGGUGCCUUUCACGGUUCCUGGCGAUAAAGUCCUCGUCAAGGUCGUGAAACACUUCCCGGAUCUGUCCUACAGCAUCACGGACUUUUUGAAAGUCAUUGAACCAGGACCGCAGCGAGAUGACUCGCGCAUUCAGUGCCAAUACUUUGCCAAGUGUUCCGGGUGCCAGCUGCAAAUGCUUUCGUACGAGGACCAACUACAGUACAAGAAGAGGGUCGUGGAAAAGGCAUACGCCAACUUCUCCGGAUUGAUCCCAGAGCUGAUACCUCCCAUUGGCGACACCUUUCCAUCACCGCGGCAGUACGGAUAUCGAACUAAACUGACGCCUCAUUUUGCAAUGACUGGGAAGAACAAAGCCAAAGGACAGACUCCAACGGAAGUGCCGCCUAUCGGGUUCACCGUCAAGAAUCGGCGGAUGACUAUGGACAUCGAGGACUGUCCUCUCGGGACAGACAUUGUGCGGAGAGGUAUAAAACGGGAGAGGAAGCGAGUCAUGGAGAAUCUGCAUCAGUACCCCAAGGGUGCUACGCUCCUAAUGCGUGAAUCCACGACACGAAUCAAGAAGGGCCAGCAGGCGAAUGGAACAGAGGCAAAUACAGAACAGCAGCAGCAACCAUCCACAAACCAAGGGAGUGCGUCCAGUGGACGUGCACAGGACGAAGAAGACGUAAUCCGCACCGAAUACCCUGACUACAUCGAAGAGAAGCGCUGUGUUACCGACCACAACGCCACAUCAGUGGAAUAUGUAGAUGACUUCGUCUUCAAGAACAAGGCCGGCGCAUUCUUCCAGAACAACAACUCUAUCCUGUCCGGUUUUACAGAAUAUAUCCGUCAACACGCGCAUCCCAAGAACCUGAAGCCUGGUGAGAAGCCGAUCAAAUAUCUCCUCGACGCGUACUCCGGCUCUGGUCUCUUCACCGUCACCCUCUCCACGAUGUUCAAAUCAUCUCUGGGUAUCGACAUCGCCCCAGAGACCAUUACCGCUGCACGGGAAAACGCCCGUGCCAAUAAUCUCCCCAACACAGGUUUCGCAGCGGCUGACGCGGCGACCCUCUUUAAGGAUAUCCCGUACCCGCCGGACCAGACUCUGCUCGUCAUUGACCCGCCUCGCAAAGGCUGCAGCGAGGACUUCCUGCGCCAGCUCCUGGCCUACAGACCGCGCCGCGUCGUUUAUGUCAGCUGCAACGUGCACACCCAGGCCCGCGAUGUGGGGAUCCUGGUGCAAGGCACCUCAGAUGGAAGUUGCAGGUAUGAGAUCGAGAGUAUCCGAGGAUUCGACUUCUUCCCGCAAACGAGCCAUGUCGAGGGCGUGGCGAUUCUCAAUAAGGUGUCUGAACAGCCAGCAGCGGCCGCCGGUGCCGGAGCGUAG